AUGCGGCUGGGGCCAGGGGGGAGGAAGGGGGGCGGUCUGAAGGUCGUCCGCAUUCCUCGCGUCGCCGUCCGCUGCUACCGCGCUUACGUAGCGCCUCCGAGAGCGCCCAACCGGUCCGCCGCCCUCGCCUCACCUCGCCCGCCGCCAUCACAAACUAUCGCGCAUUUACUAAAACAAAAAACAUGUUCUUAUGGCUAUCAAGCGCUGAGCCGCAGAGGGAGUGUAAUAGGGGUGUCGAGAUGCGACAUGCGUGCUCUGUGUUCGGUUCGCGGGCCGUUGGGCGGGGAGACGCGCGCGCUCGGCGCAGGCGCCCGCCUCUUGUCCCUGCGAAUGCCGGGCCAGCCUCAGCCCAUCCACUUUGUUGUAGAAGCGAAGGCAAAAGUCAAAGAACUAAAAACAUUGGCAAAUACCCACGCGCAACUACAAGGCAUGACCGACAAAGAGCUCUUUGGAUUGGCUAUUUUACAAAAUGGGGAGUACUUAUUCGUUGAUUUAGAGAGUAAACUAUCAAAAUAUGCACCAAAGGGCUGGAGAUCAUCCCAUACUCAUGGUUUAGACGCUAAUGGAAAGCCGCUGCUUGAACUUCACCUAGUCGUACAAUUCCACGUGGAGAGCCCUCUACUUUUACACGAUGAAGUUGGGCGCCAUUUAUAUUUCCUCCAACUUCUUCACAAUAUACGUUCAAGGGACGCUUUACCAGUAGAAAUACUUUUACUCCUCAUCGGGUUAGCUCUACAGGCUGACUACGGAGAUGAAGAAUGCUAUGAAAACAGGGAAUACUUUAAGAUUGAAGAUUAUGCUCCGUCUUCUUUGACUGGGGACUGGGUGUCAGCUGCCGUCCGAGCCUGCCAUCGAGAACAUAGAGGCCUAACAAAAACGGACGCGGAAACAAGAUUCAUUCGUGAAGUAUGCCUUCUACCUGAUACAAUAAACUCGCACAGGUAUAGGCUGAAGCAAUCGAAAACCGAACAGGAACCGGGCACCGUAUGGUUACUAGUCACGGCUAAGGGCAUUAAAAUUCUACCCGACAAUGGCUGUACAUCAAAUUUUAUUUGGAGCUCUAUAGGUAAAUUAAGUUUUGAUCGAAAGAAAUUUGAAAUUAGAACAGAAGAAGGCAAAUUCACGUUAUAUUCCUCCAGCGAGGAGAAAUGCAAAUAUUUAUUUGCACUGUGUAAGGAAACGCAUCAGUUUUCUAUGAAAAUAUCAUCUAAGUUGAAUGAAAUCUUAACUAAAGAAGAAGACGAACGAAAGAAUUGUUUUGCCUAUUCGAAAUCAUUCAGCUUAAAUUAUAAUAAAAAUAAGAGUGAACAAAGAAUUUCUCUCAUAUCAUCUACGAGUUCUAAUACUACUUCCGGAAUUGUAAGCGACAGAGUUCAAUCUGAAGAUGAACUAGAGAUUAUGAUAGAUACGCCUCCUGCUCCAUCAACGGAAAGUUUAGCAUUCGCUCAUUUAUUAGAUUGUUCAAACUCAUACAAAAUAUCUUCGCUCCAAAUUCAAAAAUCUAAAGCUAGAAAGAAGAGCAAAGAAGACAUUGAUAAAAUAUCUAAAAAUGACCCGCCUUUCGAAAAUCUACAAGAACCGGGAACUAAAUUAAAUGAAACCGAUCAAAACGUUAGUGAAGCAUUAACGGAUAGUCCUACGUCUAGUAAUAUAAAAUGCACUGGAUCGCAAUGUUCCUCAUCUUGUAGUACAGUCAUAAUGGCAAGAACCGGCUUGAGUACUCUUAGCAGAGUAUCAAAUGGAAGUAGUUUAGAGUUGGGAUACAGUCACACUGCCCAAAAUUCGAUACUAAGCGAUAACAGCACAGUUGGCAUAGACAUCGAAUAUACACAGGAUACAGCUUCUGCACUUUACGACGGCCUCGGGGAGGCAGUAACUGUGGCUGCUUCAAGUGAAACAAGUGGUGUAUACACAAUGGGCAGCUCGGAAUUAACAGCACGAUCAAAGCCUUAUUCUAUUUCUCAAGGAAGUCGAACAGAAUACUGCGGUUCAUACGAAAGAUAUAAAGAUAAUGACCUAGCAGAUUUUGACAGCGUAUCGUCAAUUCUGAAACACAAAUCGGAAAGGACUGUUAUUCCUACGAAACAAAGAAGUCGAGUAGCACAAUCUAGUUCAGAUUGUAUAGAUGGAAUAACUCAGUUCUGUAAUCAAACUGAAAGUGAAAUUAAAGAAAAUAAUUUUCGCGAACGCACAAACUCUAACGUAAGCGCAAAUUCCUUUCAUGGCGAUGGAAGUGAUCCUACCGAUAAUAAACAUAACAUCCUCAGUGCUAGUGAACUAAGUGAUUUAAUAGUAGGCCGGGGUGUAUACCCAAAAACACAAUCUGUUAGUGAUACAUUCGAUUCAGUAUCAGAUUACGUGAGAAUUCCCUUGCCAUCAACAGGAGAGCGUUUUCUACAAAAUCGUGACAACAGGAAUUCUGGAGACAGUUACAUUAAUAAUUCAUUUUUUGAUCGUCCUCCGACGCCACCGACUCGUUUGGACAGUAGAAAAGGUUUUCAUUUAUCGUUGCCCAAUAUGUUGGAUUUAGAUGAAAACACGUCAGCUUUCCCCAGAUACCCUGACAAGCCUCCACCUCCAUAUGAGUACAAUCAUAAAACAUUAUCCUCUUCUACCUCAACCCCUACUAAACCACCUCCCGCAUAUCCAGGUAUGAGUAGCUCAAGUGUACUCUCAAAACUUAGCACAGAAAAAGAGGAAGUGGAAGCUAGGGUAGUCACAUCAAAACCUAUGAUAACUAUCCUUAAAGCUGAAGCUGGAGAAGUUAAUACAUCAGGGGAACGUACCUUUGCCAGUCCGAUGGUCUUAGAGCAUAGAUUUCAAAAGUCUAAACGACAUCAAGCGUCAAGUCGGAGAGCUGAGCGAUCAAAGUUAGCUCAAGGUCUCACCAAUUUAUCUCCUUCGAGGGAAGCACCUCAGAGUAUAAAUUCAAACGUUCUAGUAGCGAUGAUGAAGUUGCCACCACCGCCGCCACCACCUCGACAUACACGAUUACCUCCUCCACCUCCAGUGACAAGACUGCCACCUCCACCCCCGCCACACAACUCUAUGUUUCACCAACAGUUAUAUAGUGACGUAGACUACGUAUACUAUCCCCUUCAAGAUCCAUCUGUUUCACAACAGAACUACCUCGAUCACAAGCUGACAGAAUCUAGAAUUUCGAAUAUGCACAAAAACGGCUUACAUUAUAGAAGUACGCCAUUUUUAUCCACGUCACUCUCAUGUUCCUCCACAUAUGGAUCCAUUCAGAACUUGUCGGAUUCCUACGUUCAAAUACCAGGGACACGUGCUAGUUGGUACUCGAUGACUAGUCGUAAUUCUACAAGUAGUCAUUCCAUUAAUCUAGAGAGACCGCCCAUACCAUCACGCAUCACAGAGGCUCCGAACUUUAUUCGAACUAAAUCACACGAAAAUAUGAUUAUAAUUAAGGACCCACCGCCUUUGAAAAUGAGAAGAAUGCCGCCGCCUCCACCGCCUCCUUACGAACAUAAGAAAAAGAUUCCAUCUCAUUUGAAAGAGAUUAAACUCCCAAAUUGUAGUACAUAUAGAGAAAAUAGUGUGAGUAGGACGAGCGAUUCCGCCAAUUGUGAUCUAGAUAUUAAAACUCUUAGAGAGAAGAGCAAGAAUUUGGAUUUGCCUUUAAUAGCCGCCUUAUGCAAUGACCGAUCACUACUGAAACAAACUAAGGCUUUCGGGGCUCCGAAACUAAAGCCGACUGCAGAAUGUGACAGUGAUCGUAAAAGCGCUAAAUCCGAUCAAAGCACCACCGAUAAUAUAGAUGUUAAGAAGCCAGACCUUGGUAGCAGAAAAGUAAGCACAGGUACUCAAAAGAGGGUGUUAGUGAGGAAUCCAACAGAUAAGCUACCAGCCCUACCAGGUUCAGAAAGUCACACACCGAGAGCAUUGUCAAACACUUAUGUGAUGCAUCCAAGUGUUGUUAAGACUAAAAGAACUCAACCGAGCUCAUGA